UCACACACCUGCCGAAUAACUGCAAUGACCAUGCUGCCAUGUCGGGUAAAGUGGCCCAGACAGCCUGUAUGUCAGCGUGUAAGCACUUGUCCACGUCCCUGAUGCAGAUGCUGUUGGACAGCGAGCUGAAACAGAUCAGUAUGGGAGCCGUUCAGCAGUUCAACCUGGACGUCAUACAGUGUGAAUUGUUCGCCAGCUCAGAGCCUGUCCCAGGAUUCCAGGGAGACACUUUACAGCUGGCAUUCAUCGACCUCCGACAGCUGCUGGACCUGUUCAUGGUGUGGGACUGGUCUACGUACCUGGCUGACUACGGACAGCCCACCUCCAAGUACCUUCGGGUCAACCCCUCCACUGCACUAGCACUUUUGGAAAAAAUGAAGGACACCAGUAAGAAGAACAACAUAUUUUCUCAGUUCAGGAAGAAUGACCGAGACAAACAGAAGCUGAUUGAGACGGUGGUGAAACAGCUGAGGAGCCUGGUCUAUGGGAUGUCUCAACACUCCUAGAACACACACACAGAUGGACACACAGACAGACAGAGACACACACACACAGAUGGACACACAGACAGACAGAGACACACACACAGAUGGACACACAGACAGAGACACACACACAGACCAACCAGCCAUCACCUUUCAGUUUCACCAGAUUCCAUGCAUAGUGUAAAUAAAGAGAAGACACACACACAGACACACACACGAGACAUCAAGCUAAAACAGUUUCUCUGUCAGGACUGAGAAAAAGAGUGAAAUGUUUGAAAUGUAUUUUUGAAAGCCUCAGAAUACUAUGUUUUGUAUAUAGUGAGAGUGCAGUGAUUUGUGUCACCACAGUGAUGUAAGGAAUGUAAAGAUGGCAUCUCAGAUGAAGACUGGACAGGAAACUGAUGUUCACUGGGUGAAGUGGCCCAGAUAGGGGAUUGAGCCAUGAAGUAUAGGCUCCAAUCCCCCGAGCCCUAUCCGCCCUGCUCUAAAGUAGUGCACUAUAUAGGGAAUAGGGCCCUGGUCUAAAGUAGUGCACUAUAUAGGGAAUAGGGCCCUGGUCUAAAGUAGUGCCCUAUAUAGGGAAUAGGGCCCUGUUCUAAAGUAGUGCACUAUAUAGGGAAUAGGGCCCUGUUCUAAAGUAGUGCACUAUAUAGGGAAUAGGGCCCUGUUCUAAAGUAGUGCCCUAUAUAGGGAAUAGGGUGUGAUUUGGGACACGUCCUGGAAGAUCUCUACAUCGCUCCAUAAUGCAGUACUGGGUGGAGUUAGUUUCUACUGUAAAUAUAUUGGAGAAUAUUUAACACUACAGAGAAUCACGCUGGUUGGGUCACAAAUGUCCUCCUAUUUCCACAGGGCUCUGGUCAAUGGCAGGGAUUCACUCUCUCCCUGUCUCUGUCAGUCAUUCAGCUCUCUCCCUG